GUUAAGUUGGAGCAGCUGAUGUCGCUCUAAAAAUAAUCCCUCUGUCCUUUCCAACUCUCCCCUAUUUAGUUUCUUUUCCUUUUCUUCUGUGUUUUCCAGUAAUGGUGGAAUGAGACGGUUUCAGUGAGGAGACUUUGUCUGUUUGCAGUUUGAGUCCAGGAGUGAGAGGAGCCGAUGGCUGGAGGCCAGCCUUUGUCGUUUUGUGGUUACAACAAGGUUCCCGACGCCUACAGCGUGGAAAAGGGGGUGCUGAACAAUGGCUGCUUCGUGGACGCUCUCAACCUGGUUCCUCACGUCUUCCUGCUCUUCAUCACCUUCCCCAUCCUCUUCAUCGGUUGGGGCAGUCAGAGCUCCAAGGUGCAGAUCCAUCACAACACCUGGCUUCAUUUUCCGGGUCACAACAUGAGGUGGAUCCUCACCUUCCUGCUGCUCUUCGUCCACGUGUGCGAGUUCGCCGAGGGAAUCGUCUCCAACACGAUGAUGAGCACCAACCACCUCCACCUCUUCAUGCCGGCCUUCAUGGGUUUCAUCGCAGCCACGACGUCCGUGGUUUACUACCACAACAUCGAGACGUCCAACUUCCCCAAGCUGCUGCUGGUCCUCUUCAUCUACUGGGUCUUGGCGUUCAUAACCAAGUCCAUAAAGCUGUGGAAGUUUGCAGAGUUUGGGAUCAGGUUCAAGCACCUGAGGUUCUGCAUCACGGCGCUGUUGGUGGUUCUGUACGGACUCCUGAUGGCCGUGGAGAUCAAUGUCAUCAGAGUCAGGAAAUACAUGUUUUUCACCAACCCCCAGAAGGUGAAGCCCCCGGAGGACCUGCAGGACCUGGGGGUCCGCUUCCUGCAGCCGUUUGUCAACCUGCUCUCUAAGGCGACGUAUUGGUGGAUGAACCCGCUCAUCAUCGGGGCCCAUAAGAGGCCCAUUGAGCUGAAGAAGAUCGGCAAGCUGCCCAUCGCCAUGAGAGCCCUGACCAACUACCUGAGGCUCAAAGACGCCUAUGAGGAUCAGAGGACGGGUGAAGAUCCGGACCGAGCUCCGUCCAUCUGGCGCUCCAUGUACAGAGCCUUUGGCCGGCCGAUCCUGCUCAGCAGCACCUUCCGGUACCUGGCGGACCUGCUGGGCUUCGCCGGGCCUCUCUGCAUCUACGGCAUAGUCCGCAACCUGGAGGUGCCGAAAAACUUCACAUCGACCGACAAGAAAAUGGUCAAAGAUUUUGAUGUGUACUUCAUGCACACCACCGAACUCAUGGAAAACAGCUCUGUGUUGGCCGUUCUGCUCUUCCUGGCUCUGGUCCUGCAGAGAACCUUCCUUCAGGCCUCCUACUACGUCACCAUUGAGACGGGCAUCAACCUGAGGGGGGCUCUACUGGCGAUGAUCUACAACAAAAUCCUUCGACUGUCCACCUCCAACAUGUCGAUGGGGGAGAUGACUCUGGGUCAAAUCAACAACCUGGUUGCCAUCGAGACCAACCAGCUGAUGUGGUUCCUCUUCCUCUGCCCCAACCUCUGGGCCAUGCCUGUACAGAUUGUGAUGGGAGUGAUUCUGCUCUACAACUUCUUGAGCUGGAGUGCUUUGGUGGGAGCAUCGGUGAUAGUUCUGUUGGCUCCGGUUCAGUACCUCAUUGCUACAAAGCUGGCGGAGACACAGAAAAGCACCCUGGAACACUCCACAGAUCGUCUGAAACAGACCACAGAGAUCUUAAAGGGUAUCAAGCUGCUGAAGCUGUACGCCUGGGAGGACAUCUUCUGCGACAGCGUGGAGCAGACCAGAGGCAAAGAGCUCACCAGCCUGAGGACGUUUGCUUUCUACACAUCCAUGUCCAAUCCACCUCUGCUCGACCAAAGCGGUUACGUGCGCCACAUUGCGGUGAAGGGACCACUCUCCCAGAGCAGGAGCCUAGGUAAAGAAACCACCAGGUCUUUCCCCAGUCUGAGGCUGCAGCCGAACACUGGAGCUAGCAGGAUGCCUCGAAUGCGAAGCGGUGAGCUGGAAGAGGAGGCGCGAAUGCUGCCAUCACCAACGUUCACAUCACCUUCCUCGCAAGUCUAG